CGCCUCUAUCCCGAUCCUUUCCGUAAUCCUGUUCUACGUCCAAAGAUUCUACCUCCGCACCUCGCGCCAACUCCGCCUCCUGGACCUCGAAUCCAAGUCCCCCCUCUACUCCUUCUUCAUCUCCUCCUUCACGGGCCUCACCACCCUCCGCGCCUUCUCCUGGACCUCUCAGUCUCAGACCGAACAUCUCCGCCGCCUCGAUACCUCGCAACGCCCCGCCUACCUCCUCCUCAGCGUGCAGCGCUGGCUCAGCCUCGUCCUUGAACUCAUCCUUGCGGGGCUGUGCGUGCUGUUGGUCGGUAUUUCCGUCGCUACUAGAUAUCAUGUCCGGCCCAGUCUUCUUGGCGCGUCGCUCACGAGUAUGACAGGGUUCGGGAAUACGCUCAUGGCGCUAAUACAGACCUGGACUGAGCUUGACACGUCCAUUGGGGCCGUUACACGUAUCCGGGAGUUCGAGACCAACACGCCGCAGGAAAAGGAGGGUGCGGAUCGGCCACCCGCUGGCUGGCCCUCGAGGGGAGAAAUUAAAAUUUCGGGACUUAGUGCUGUGUAUGGCAUGCGUACGGUACUGCACGACAUCAAUAUCGAGGUCAAACCCGGGGAGAAAGUCGCCGUGUGCGGUCGCAGCGGGAGCGGGAAAUCGACGCUCCUGGCGCUGCUUCUUCGCUUGUACGAGCCUGCGUCCGGGACGAUCAGGAUAGACGGCGUCGACACGUCCACGCUUCAACUAAACGCCCUGCGCGUGGGCGUGGUGACGCUCCCACAAGACCCUUUGCUGCUCGCGGGUACGGUGCGAUAUAAUCUCGACCCGAUGUGUAACUCAACCGAUGAGAUAAUCCUGACUGCGCUGGAGAAAACAGGACUCCGGGGCGUGGUGGAGGAUAAGGGGGGAUUGGACGCGGAUUUCAGCGCGGACUGGUUGAGUGCGGGGCAGAGGCAGCUUUUCUGUCUGGCGAGGGCUAUGUUGAGGAGCAGUAGCAUUCUACUACUGGAUGAGGCUACGAGCAGGUAAAUUGUUUUUCUCUUCUUGGGCGUAUUUAGAAUCAAUGGCUAAGAUAUCCAUUUGCAGUCUUGAUUACCAGACAGACGAGCUGAUUCAGGGGCUCAUCAGGAAGGAGUUCGCGGGAUGGAGUAUGGUGGUCGUGGCGCAUCGCUUGAAGACCAUCGCCGAUUUUGACAAGGUCGCUGUGCUGCAAGAUGGGAGGCUGGCCGAGUUCGAU